AUGCUGUGUCGCAGUGGCCACCUCUCUCGCGACAGCAGCUACGCGAGUGGCUUGCUUCGCGCACCCGCCUUCGGAGUCGCGCUGCUGGGUAGAGGUACUGGGACUGGAGCCCCUGGAGUUGGAGGUGUCGGUUCUGGGGGUGCUGCUGCUGGAGGUACUGGAGCUGGAGCCCCUGGAGCUGGAGGUGCCGGUUCUGGGGGUGCUGCUGCUGGAGGCACUGACGUUGUAGACCUUGGAGCUGGAGGUGCCAGUUCUGGGGGUGCUGCUGCUGGACGUUCUGAAGCUGGAGACCCUGGAGCUGGCAGUGCCAGCUCUGGGGGUGCUGCUGCUGGAGUUACUGGAGCUGGAGCCCCUGGAGCUAGAGGUGCCGGUUCUGGGGGUGCUGCUGCUGGAGUUACUGACGCUGGAGACCCUGGAGCUGGAGGUGCCAGUUCUGGGGGUGCUGCUGCUGGACGUUCUGAGGCUGGAGACCCUGGAGCUGGAGGUGCCGGUUCUGGGGGUGCUGCUGCUGGAGACCCUGGAGCUGGAGGUGCCUAUUCUGGGGGUGCUGCGCCUCGAGAGCUGCUGGAGGCGCUAGAGCUGUCGGUUCUUGAGCUGAUGGAGGUGCUGGAGCUGGAGGCUCUGGAGCUGCUGGAGGUGCUGGCGCUGGAGGUUCUGGAGCCGCUGGAGGCGCUGGCGCUACUGGUUCUUAGCCUCCCGUCUUCUACUGGCCUCCCGUUACAGCCAGGCUCCCCACUGCCCGCUCCUUCUCCUUACACUGAGCAGACUGACUCGCUUACAGAGCGUCGUGAGCCUGCGUCUCGUCCUGCCUCCCCUGUUCGCACUGUUCGCCGUGCUCGUCGAGUCCCGCGUCCGCGUCCUCCUCCUGUGCCUGGUACUCACACUAUGGCACUUCGUCCCUCCUCUGCUCCGCAGCGUGUCCCCCUGCCGUCUCCUCCUGCGUCCUCUCUGCCUGACGUUCCGGACCCUGAGUCUGACCUGGUUCGUGCUGCUCACCCUACUUUCACACGUCUGCUCGCCACUGUUGUCACUGACCCGUCGUUUGAGUCUCCUGCUGGGUCUGCCCUAGUCUCUGAGCUUGUUGACUUUGCUGCUGCCUGUCGUCUAGACUACGCUGCUAGUCUUGUUGCUGAGUCUGAGUCUGUCUGUCCUUCGUCCGUCGGGGGUGAGUGUGCUCUUGGCACGGACGUCCUUGAGGACAAGCAGGAGGACUUUGAGUGUGCUGUACCACAUCUCGUGGCCAUGUUGCUUGCCCCUGAGGGAGACCCGGAUGCACCAGACAUCCCGACCCCGCGCUCUUACGCAGAGGCGAUUGAGGGCACUUACGUCGAUGAGGUUCCCCCUCCUGGGGCGAACAUCGUCGAUGGCAUGUGGAUUUUCAGGGUGAAGCGGCCGCCGGGUUCUCCGCCUGUCUUCAAGGCUCGUUACGUUGCACGAGGCUUCAUCUGCACGAUCUGGCUGCGCCGCCCACCUGGCUUCACUGGGUCGUUCCCUCCUGGUACCCAGUGGAGCCUCCGCCGGCCAGUCUACGGUCUCCGCCAGGCGCCUCGUGAGUGGCACAACACACUGAGGACGACACUUGCGGCUCUUGGGUUUGCUCCUUCGACAGCUGACCCGUCGCUGUUUCUGCGCACCGACACUUCGCUGCCGCCGUUCUACAUCCUCGUGUACGUCGACGACUUGGUCUUUGCUACUGCUGACACCGCGGCACUUGCCCUUGUGAAGUCGGAGCUGGAGAAGAGACACACGUGCACAGACCUGGGUGAGCUGCGCAGCUACCUUGGCUUGCAGAUCACCCGGGACAGAGCAUGCCGCACCAUCACACUGACUCAGUCACACAUGGUGCAGCAGGUCCUUCAGCGCUUCGGCUUCACUUGGUCCUCGCCACAGUCCACUCCUAUGGCUACGGGUCACUCGCUCUCAGCUCUGCCUUCGGAUGAGUCCGUAGAGCCGAGUGGCUCGUAUCCAGAGCUUGUGGGCUGCCUCAUGUACCUGAUAACCUGCACUCGACCUGACCUUGCCUACCCUCUUAGCAUCCUGGCUCGCUACGUUGCGCCUGGGAGACACCGGCGAGAGCACUGGGAGGCUGCUAAGAGGGUGUUGCGCUACUUGUGCAGUACAUCGGGCAUGGGGCUCGUGCUUGGAGGACGGGGUGACGUUGUCCUCACUGGACACUCAGACGCGUCUUGGGUUGACGACUUGGCUACGCAGCGGUCGUCACAGGGCUACACCUUCAGCCUUGGCUGCGGCUCUGUUUCUUGGCGGUCUACCCGCUCUUCUUCUGUUCUCAGCUCCAGUUGUGAGGCUGAGAUCUACGCCACAGCCAUGGCUGCACAGGAGUUACACUGGCUCACCUACCUACUGACUGACUUGGGAGAGAGGCCUCGUUCUCCUCCAGUUCUGUACGUAGACAACAAGGCUGCCAUUACCUUGUGUCAGGAGCACAGAAUGGAGCACAGAACGAAGCACAUCGCUCUGCGUUACUUCCUUGCUUGA